UCAAGACCAGUAAUGCAGUGUUUAAAGCCAUAUUUAAACGUUAUAGGAAAAGCGGUAAAGAUACCAGCCUCGACCAUCCCCGUAUCUCUGAGUCAGACCUUGAACUCAUUAGAAAUUCCAUUGCACUGUCUCCCAAUACACCCCUCGGUCAGGUCAGAAAAGUCUGGUUUGACAUCCAACUAUGUUUGGCUCGGCAUGGCAGGGAGGGCAAGUGGCAGUUAUCCAAGGCAUCUUUCAUACUUCAGAGAGACGAGGAUGGAGUCGAACAUGUCAGCCUGGUGCACAAACCACAAGCUAAGAGUCAUAAAGACAAAGAGGUUUUAUGUUUGCCAGGCCCAAGGAUCCGCUGGGUCCGGUCGCAAAAUUCAAGUUAAAUAUUUCCAAAUGUCCGUCAGAUGCCAAAUCUUUCUAUCUCCACCCGAAGCACGCCGUGACCUCCAACAUGUGGUACAGCCAGGAACCUCCACUGUCCACUGCCUCAGGAACAUGAUGAAAAAGAUCAGCGAAAAGGUGGGUCUUUCACGGGUCUACACAAACCACAGCCUCCGAAGCACUGCUAUAGGCCAGCUCUCAGACGCUGGCCUGGAGAGCCACCAGAUAAUGUCUGUGACAGGCCAUCGCUGUGAGGGCAGCCGGCAGGCUUACUGGGCUCUGUCACUGCAAGAGAGAUGAGAAUGGAGCCAUGUCUUGUCUUCUUCCAAUGCCCUGACAAGUAGUGCCUGUCAUGGCCAGUCCUGAGCUGAAAAACACCCUCCUUCAAAGGCUGCUAUGCUGGAUUUGCCUAUAUCACUAUCAAACUUUACAAUAAUUGGAAAAGUUGAAUUUAAUUUGAAAUAAGACAGCUACUGUAGGUAGCACAUAGUUGAUAGCUGAUGCAAAUUGUUAAUUCAGUCUGUUUUCUAUUCAUAUGAUUUCCAUUGGCUACAAUCUGUAGAGUGGAAUCAAUUGUUGACAUGUGUUUUUGCAAUAAAAACACGAAUUACUA